GGCGCGACUCCUCCAAGGCUGCCAGCGCCGGCCCCAGCAGAGCCCAGCAGAGGGUGCCAGAAAGCCGGCCGGCUGCCGCUUCCUGCCGGGGUCUGUGGUGGGCUGGGCUCUGCUGCUGCCCUGCCUCCUUCUGGUCGCCGCUGCUGCUGCUGCUGCUGCUGCUGCUUCCCUCUCGGUGCAGGCGGCGGGCGGAGCAGACCAGCCACGCCAGCCUUCCUCCUCCCGAUCACACCGGGGCUGCUGCCGCUGCUGCCGGCCCUGGCUGGAGGGAGGAGGGCUUCUUCCUGGAGACCGGCCGGCUCCUUCCUUCUCCCCCCGGCGGCCGACCCUGAAGCCCGGCAGGCUCUUGCUUUCAGGAGGGUCGCCGGGGCUGAUUCCUGGAGGCUCCGGGCCAGUCCGGCUGCGGGGUCGGUAGCAGCAGCCCCGGUCACCCCCGAGAGCGGCUUGGAGCGGAGGAGGAGGAGGAGGAGGAGGGCUCCGCCUUCUGGCUGGCCGGCCUCCCUCUCCGGCCCGAGGCUGCUGCUGCCUGCCCGCGAUGGUGCUGUCCUGGGUGCAGCAGGCGCUGGUCUCGGUGGUGCUGGCGCUCUGCGUCUUCCUCGUCAUGCCCAGGAUCUUCGGCGCGGGCGGCGGCGGCGGCGGGAGGUCGCUGCGGGCAGCCAAGACCAGCCCUGGCCGCCAGGAUCCUCAUCAGCACCGCCAAGGUGGCCCUGAGAGAAUUCUGCAGGCACACAUGAAUUCAGAAAGUUCUGAAAGUAAAACCUAUCAGAGCAUCCAGCAAAUGAGGAAUGCCAUGGAAAAGGAGCUGAAGACUGAGCGGACUAAAGGGAACGGCAAAGACUUUGCCUUAACGCUCAUGCCCUUGUAUGCUCUGGGCGUGGGAGUGUUUGCUUUAUACAAGUUUCUAAAGAUGAAAUCUCAAGAAGAAAAUUUAUCAAAGAAAGAGAAUGCUACAGAAGAUAAAACCAAAGAAACAGAAUGCCAGCUUUUGGAGUUAGAGCAACAUCUAUCCCAGACAGAGAAAAUGUUAAAUUCUUUAUUGACUCAAUUGGAUCCACUUUCAAGCUGUAUCAAUGCCUUGGCCUCUGAACAGAGAGAUGAAAUAAUGGUACAGCUAGAGUCCAUUAGGAAGCUGAUGAAGGAAAGUGGAUUGGACAAGUCAGCAGUGAAACCACAAGAUAUUAGCCACACAUGCCAAGAUAGACUUGAAGAUCUUAUUCAGUCAUUCCGUGAACAUCCUGAGGCAGAGGUGGGUGAAAGUGGGGAUGAAAACUGUGGACAUGAAGCGCUCUUUCAAGAUAUCGAGGAACUUUGUGGGGAAGAGGGGCAUCAGCCCUGCGAUCAGGAGUUCUUCCUCAAUCCGUUGGAAGAGCCAAAGAGGACCGGAGUUGCUGAAGUCAUUGGCCAAGGGAUAUCGGAACCAGAGGUGGGAUUAAGGAAACGGAAUAGAAAUGAAUGAGACAGAGAAUGGUGAGGAAUUCUUGCACCUCUUGUUUGCACUUUCGAAUUAUUUUUGAACAGGCUCACAUGUACUCUGUGACGAUGCCUUUCAAAAACAAGAUGUUUGUGAAGCUUUUCUAUUUAUUCUGUAUACAAUUAUUGCUGUAUAUAUUUCACGGAACGUUCUAUACAGUAUGUCACGAUGCUAUCAGGAUGUAUCCUAUUUUUGCAACUAUUAAAGCUGUGGAAUGGCAAAAA